UGAUAAAAAACACAAAGAGAGUGGAACACAAAAUACUGUUUCACUAGCAUUUUUUUGAUAGGUUAGUUUUAUUUACUAUUUUUACUUUGAGGUACAGUUUUACGUGUAUUAACCACAAAAACAUAGUUAUUAACUUUUGAAUGGAUAAGGAGUACUUUCUUUGUUAUUUAUUUUUACGUGAAAACAUGUAUGACUGAUGCUAUUUAAACAAAUUCUCAGUUUUAAUUUAUGUUUCCCACUAAUAUAUUAUUAUGAUUCAAAUUCAUGAUCCAUCAGUAUCGUUUCAAGGAGGACACUCAUUCUGUUUACGUAUAUGCUAUUUGUGAUGCAAUGCACAAUUCCAACCAACAACAGUCCCUUUUCACGACCAUGGAUGUGCCAAGAUGGAGUGGCUGUUGUUAAUGCCGGAAAUACAGGAUUGAAAGGAGUGAUAGCUGGUGGACUCACAGGUGCCACCGAAAUAAUCAUCACAUAUCCCACGGAAUUCAUCAAAACCCAACUGCAACUCGAUGAAACGUUGCGUGGUGUGCGUCGAAAACAAUACACAGGGAUGUUGGAUUGCGUCAGAAAGACUAUCUCCAGAGAAGGUAUACUGGGUUUGUACCGAGGGAUUAAUAUAAUUUUGUGUGGAUCGAUUCCCAAAAACGCGCUCAGGUUUGGAGCGUUCGAAUCGUUCAAGAACCAAGUGGUCAAUGACAGAGGCGAACUCUGUCUCAGAUCUAGGAUUGUUUGCGGCUUUGGAGCAGGGGUCUGUGAGGCUGUAUUCGUGGUAACACCUAUAGAAACAAUCAAAGUAAAGUACAUUCAUGAUACCUGGUGUAUGAAGCCGAGAUACAACGGACUAUAUCAUGCGGUCGUCAGCAUUAUUAAAGAAGACGGAUUAAGAGGCAUUUACCAAGGCGUUACAGCCACCACACUGAGACAGGGCAGCAACCAGGCGAUUCGCUUUGCAGUCAUGGAAACCAUGAAAGACACAUACUGCGGUGACGACAGAACGAAACACGUGCCCAAGGUGCUGGUUGGAGUGUUCGGGGCGGUGGGGGGAGCCACCAGUGUAUUGGCCAACACACCUGUUGACGUGGUCAAAACCAGGAUGCAAGGCUUCCAAGCCGACAAGUACUCCAGCACUGUCGACUGUUUCAGGAAAAUUUGGACCAAAGAAGGGCCGGCUGCGUUCUACAAGGGAACGGUUCCCAGGCUAUUGACAGCCUGCAUGGAUGUUGCUAUAACAUUUAUGGUUUAUGACACGUUUAUUGAUUUAUUAAAUAUAAUAAGUGACUGAAUUCAAUCAAGGUUCAAAUCAUUCAAUUAUUGCGAGCUAGCAGUAGCAGGUAA